CAAGUAUUCUCCAAUGACAUUUUGGUCAUGUUUUCUUUGCUUUGCUCGCCGACAGCCGACUGUCGUCGUAAAUUGUGUUGAAUUGAAAAAUAAAUGUAUUUCUAAUCACACUAUCACAAUAGAGAUUUCAAACGGAUCGUGAAUAAAUAACACGAAUGAAGUUCGAAUUGUACUCUACCCAACUAUGGUUACCGGUGAGCCUGCUGUCUCAUUCGGUUUUUUGUCCGAUUCUAGUGAUGAUAUUCCAGACACUAUAAGCUUGUCAAUUAUUAUUGAUUGAGCUCCUCCAGAUCACUGUACUUGUAAACAUAAUAUUUGAAAUCCAGUCACGAUGGGUAAUAAGCUGUGUUAGCUACUUUUGACCACUGAAAAUGACACAGGCCAAUAGUGGAUUCCUAUUUCAAGAAGAUAUGCCUGAGGCUGAGACCUCUACAUCCUCGGAUCCUGUCAAGCAGAAGAAAUAUUCUUCAGGAUCUCUUCUGGGGGAUGUAGUGAGGCCCAAAGUGGUGACUGUCAAGCAUCCUGAAUCAAAUAAACUCAAACCAACUGCAAAAAAAAAUAAACAACCCAUUCAAGCAGAUUUGGAUGUGUCCAAGGAGUUCCUCAGAUGCAGGGAUGAAGGUUUUAAGCGCCUGGAUCUGAGUAAGUCAAAUAUAACCCAUCUUCCACCAACCCUCAGGGAUGUCCAUCAUUUAUCAGAGUUGUACCUCUAUGGAAACAAACUGGUAUCACUUCCUGCUGAGAUUGGUUGUUUGAGCAAUCUUCAAACUCUUGCUUUGAGUGAGAAUUCUUUGACCAGCUUACCAGACUCUCUAGAGAACCUGCAUGCUCUUAAAGUUCUUGAUCUGAGGCACAAUAAGCUGAAUGAUAUACCUGAUGUUGUGUACAAACUGUCUUCCUUGACAACACUGUUUUUACGUUUCAAUAGAAUAAGAUAUGUAGGAGAUGAAAUCAGAAAUCUUACAUCACUCACAAUACUAAGUCUGAGGGAGAAUAAAAUUCGGGAACUGCCACCUGGGAUUGGCCAACUGGUGCAUUUACUCUCAUUUGAUGUCUCUCACAAUCAUCUGGAGCAUCUUCCUGUUGAAAUUGGUCUCUGUGUAGACCUCUCAACUCUGGAUUUGCAGCACAAUGAGUUAUUGGACAUCCCAGACUCCAUUGGUCAGUUGCAGCAGUUGACAAGGCUAGGACUGAGGUACAAUAGACUGAUGCAGAUACCAGCAUCUUUGAGUAAUUCUAAGCACAUGGAUGAAUUCAAUGUGGAGGGUAACAACAUAUCCCAGCUUCCUGAUGGACUGCUUUCCAGUUUGAGUGAACUGACCAGCAUAACAUUGUCCAGGAAUAAUUUCACUGCUUACCCCUCAGGGGGGCCAUCUCAGUUCACCAAUGUGGAUUCCAUCAACUUGGAACACAACCAGAUUGACAAGAUACCAUAUGGGAUAUUUUCCAGGGCUAAACAUUUGACAAAGCUCAAUAUGAAGGAGAAUCAACUGACAUCAUUGCCUUUGGAUGUGGGCACUUGGACAAGCAUGGUUGAAUUGAAUUUAGGAACAAAUCAGUUGGCCAAAUUGCCAGAUGACAUUCAAUUUCUCCAAAGCCUAGAGGUAUUGGUUCUUUCCAACAACCUUUUAAGAAGAAUCCCUCCAAGUAUCGGCAAUUUACGAAAACUGCGAGUCUUAGAUUUGGAAGAAAACCGUCUUGAGCAGCUGCCCAAUGAAGUGGGGUAUCUCAAGGAAUUGCAGAAACUGAUAGUACAGUCCAAUCAACUCACCUGUCUCCCUAGAGCAUUGGGCCACCUCACAAACCUGAUUUUCCUGAGUGUGGGAGAAAAUAAUCUGGCAUACAUGCCUGAAGAGAUAGGCACUCUGGAGAACCUGGAGUCUCUUUAUAUCAAUGACAACCCCACUCUACACAAUCUUCCAUUCGAGCUGGCUCUUUGUACCAAUCUUCAGAUAAUGAGUAUUGAGAAUUGUCCAUUGUCUCAAAUUCCUGCCGAAAUUGUGGCAGGUGGGCCGUCCCUGGUUAUACAGUAUUUAAAAAUGCAAGGGCCUUACAGAGCCAUGUGAUGACAAUUUUAAUUUAACUUUUAUCAUUUUUCUAAGACAAUGUGAUUCAACAAGACUAUAAGAAGUUAUGCUUUAUAUGUUGGAUUUUAUUCAUCAAGGUUUUAAUUAUCCAUAAAAAAUGGGCUUAUAGUAUGAAAACUGUUCAAUACUGAUGAAGAUGUUUAUAUGAUCAGAUAUUUUUAAUUGAGCUGCAGUGUAUGUUAUUUAAGUGUUGAAAUAAAUGUCUUGAAAC